CGUCAUUCGGCAUUAGUCGCAUCCGGGUGAGCGUUUGAGGUUCACUCAGAUUUUCUCCGUUGAAGAUUUUGGCUCUCAGUCUUGAGGAUGUACGGAUCCUUUCGGGUGUUGUUGCAGGUGCUGUGGGCCCAGCUGCUCUGUGGGUGGGUGCUGGGCUCCGAGCUCACCUUUGAGCUGCCAGACAACGCCAAGCAGUGUUUCUAUGAGGACAUUAUCAUUGGCACCAAGUGUACGCUGGAGUUUCAGGUGGUGACAGGUGGCCAUUAUGAUGUGGACUGUCGUUUGGAGGACCCAGAAGCCACUACACUCUACAAGGAGAUGAAAAAGCAAUAUGAUAGCUUUACCUUCACAGCCGCCAAGAACGGCACCUACAAGUUCUGCUUCAGUAACGAGUUCUCAACCUUCACCCAUAAGACGGUUUACUUUGACUUCCAGGUCGGCGAUGACCCUCCACUCUUCCCCAAUGAGAACAGAGUCACUGCUCUCACCCAGAUGGAAUCAGCCUGCGUGUCCAUCCAUGAGGCACUGAAGUCUGUCAUCGACUACCAGACACACUUCCGACUCCGUGAGGCCCAGGGACGCAGCAGGGCGGAGGACCUCAACACCCGCGUGGCAUUCUGGUCCAUCGGAGAGGCCAUUAUCCUUCUGGUGGUCAGCAUCAGCCAGGUUGUCCUGCUGAGAAGCUUCUUCUCUGACAGGAAGACCACUACAACACGUGUUGGAUCGUAACAGUCUCUGAGCCCUGGGAUCUGAAUAAUCACUUUGUUUAUCCAUACCUGGCUCAUAUGCAUAGAGUCAAUGAGAAAAGCAGUGCUGAUCAGAUAUUUGAUCAUAUCAAACUGCCAGGUCGUAAAAUCUGUCACGUCAUUCAGCAAUGCUGUUCUCAGAGACUUUAUGCAAAUGAGUCUAUAAAGGAUGUAUGUGUUUUUUGAAAAGUUUUUGAGGGGUAAAAGAAAUGACCUAAAGAAAGGCUUGAUUAUGUUGUUUAAAACUAUCUGUAUUUGAGGCAUUGAAGCAGCUUAAACAUGUAGUUUAAGCAAACCUCAAGUACUUCAAAUAUUUGAAAUAAUUUCUAAUUCUAUUCCCUUUUUUAAUUGUGUCCUUUCUUUGCAGUUCUACCCCCUUCAUCUCAUAACUUCUGAUCUAUUGUCCAUUUUUCAGCCCAGACUGUGCACUGACAUAACCAGGAAAUGGGGAGUUGUAACUAAACAUACUCACAAUGCAAGAAAGUUGAGAAUCUCUUUCCUUAUCUGCAGAGCAUUUGGGUCACUACAAACUACACUGGCCAGCCGAGGUUUUUCCCCAUGUUGGUUGCAUUUGAUUGUGAAAAAUCUGUUGCAUUUUUUCUUUGUUAUUAAACCUCACUGUAUAGAGUGAGAAAGAGUAGAUAUUGUGUUUGCUUUUAUCAGCUUUGUCAUUUUAGAUGAGUAGUGAGAGGAGACGGGCGUUUGCUGUACAGAGAGUAAGCCAUCCUUAAAUCUAAUAUUGGCUCAAAAACAGCUGUACGAAGUUUGUAUUUGGGUUGAAGGACUGAAAAUUAGAGAUGUGGAAGGACUCUGUUCCUUAAAAUAAAACGUCAGUUCAUGUAUUUUAUAUUCCAUUUGUUGGGAUUACAUGUCUGAUUAAAGUCGUGCUUAACUUUGUUAGGUAAAUAUCUCCUUAAAAUUUUAAAGUUACAACUCAGAUCUUUUCUAUUACGUCUAUGUGACUCACCAUGGGAGAUGAAAAGAAAAAAUCUGAAAGUUAUUGUGAUUGAAAAUCUGUUUAGUGGCAAUGACAGUUUUAAGCACACUGACUUGUUAUAAAAAAAAAAACUUUCACUGGUUCCAUGCAUUGUUAUAUCUAGUUCUGCCUUUGCUGUUUAAAUUGUAACAACUUAUUUAUGUUGUGGGCUCAUAUUGAUUUUAUACAGCACUGUUGUAAAAUUUGUUUUCAAAAUAUUGCUUGAAUAUAAGACUAUUCUGGUCA